AUCUUAUAUUUAAUGAAUAAACCUCUUUUUACAAUACUUUUCUAAUAUUGUUAAAAAGGUAACAACAUCACAUCACACGGUGCCUUGCGUCGAUCACAAAAGUAUUGGUUGUGCUAGGAGUACUGAAUUCAAAUUAUAAUUAUUGUAAAUUAACUGCCGGAAUAUUUCUAAAAUUCAACUCACAAUGUCUGAAACAAGCUGUAGACUCUGCCUAGGCGAAGUGCAUCCCGACGAUCGAGGCUCUUCCAUACUGGAGGCAUUAUUUCGGAGUGCGAUCGAUCGCGUGUUUUCGUUUGAGAUAAAGCACGAUGAUAGCUUACCGAUAUACACGUGCAACGAUUGUUCGCAGCAGGUUUGGGACUUCAACAGUUACAGCCAGUUGGUGCAAAAAAAUCAAAACACUCUGGAGCAAAGGCGGUUGAAGAACAGCGAGCGUUCGAACUCCACCGAGCAAACGGAAGGAAUUCCAUUGCAACCAAUCGAUCCGGACAGCAUUAAGCAGGAAGCUGUAACAUCGGAUGAGGAAUCGGAACCUCCGGCCACGGCACCUGACCAAGUGCCAGAAGGCUGUAGUUUACUGCCAGCUAUUAAAACGGAACCAAUUGACACUUUUGCGGAAGAAGAAACUUUGCCAAAUCACUUACUUACUUAUCCAGAGCUAGAACCACUUCGGGAUCUUGGCCUGCUGCAGCAGUCCUCGAUACCACCAAAUGAAGUUUUUGUAAAAUCUGAACCUAUUAUUGCUGAUGUGGAAGAGAGCGUCAUGGACGUACCUCAGGCACUAGAACACAAUUCUGUAGACAUUAAAGAAUCGGAUGGAAGUGACCUGGAAGACAAUAGUAAUGACGAUAACGAUGGCGACGAUGAUGAUCGCGAUGAUUCAGCUAAUACUGAGCCGAGUCCAAAUUGUAAAAAUUUAAUCGAAAAGAUGCGGGAACGGAUCCGGGAGCGGAUCGCAGCUCAUAAGGCGGUCUUCCGCUGUGACGUAUGCGAUAGAACCUAUCCCAACGAACACUAUUUGAAAACGCACAACGCCGUAGUGCAUGCACCGUAUUUGCGCAGAAGACCUUGGUAUCCGUGCGAUGUGUGCAAUCGAUCAUUUUCGCAUCAAAUGCUUCUGCAAAAUCACCGCAGAACGCAUACCGUUGCAGAACAGUCUUCCCCAUCGGGGGGUGUUUCGGGCGGUGAGACGGAGGCCGGAACGGAUUCCACCCUUGACCAGUACACGUUUCGCUGCAGUGCGUGCCUUAAAACAUUUCCAUGCCACAAGAGUCUGCAGACGCACGUGGAUGUAAUGCAUCCGGAUAUGGAGCGAGAACCGCAAACGUAUUCGUGCGAUCAAUGCGAUCGAACGUUUGAUGAGCGUAAAAAACUGAACAAACACCGCCGGGUGCACAAAUACCAGCAGUGUAACGUGUGCAAGAAGCUGCUCGUGAAGCAUAACAUCCGUCAACAUGUGCUCGCCCAUCAGGGUGAGUAUCGGUGCACGGUGUGCAGCAAGACGCUGUCGUGUAGCAAAAGUCUGAAACGACACCUCGAAACGGUACACGCCAGUGAGGCUAAGCGACUGGAGCGGCCCUAUUCGUGCCCGCUGUGUCCACGCACGUUUUACCACAUCGCCCACCUGCAGACCCAUCGGCAUUACCAUAUCAUGCAGCGAUGUCCGCUGUGUGACAAAACGGUCCGGAAAACCCUGCUGGGCGAACACAUGGCCGUGCACAAAGGUGCGUUCCGGUGUAAGCCGUGCGGCAAAAUGUUCACAUCCAAGAUGGGAUGGAAAAUUCAUUCGAAACAGAAGCAUGGCAAGGUGGUGUAAGUGGUGGUGGUGUUGGUUCACUCAUAUGGGGCCGUCCUGUCCACAGACUCGAGAGGUCGUGGUCUGCCAUUUCUGGCUUGCUUUUUACCAGCAUCAAGAAACUUUUUCCCUUGAACAACCAGUCAAGCAAGCCAAUAACGGCAGCCCAAGGCGGCUUCAGGCUUUUGAACCCAAGAAGAAGAUUUUUUUAUUCGUCCUGUUACUAUGCAAAAAUGCUGUAUUACGGCCAGAUCGUUACUGCCAAGUAAAAACAUAACGAGGAAUGACUGGGAAAUGCAAUUUACAGUCGAUCAAAUAAAUAUUACCAAAAUAUUGUAAUAUAAAUUCGCUAUAAAUGGUACAGUACAAACGGGAGGAGCCAAAACGAACCAAAAAUAGGCUUCACGGCAACAGGAAAAGCUUACAAAUUAUGAAUUUUUAAAUAAAGUUAGAUAAUAGUCUCCGUUUGA